UCAGUCCGAGGUAGCCAGAGGAACCAGCUCCCCCAGCACAGCCUAGCCUGGUCCCGGGCUGGCCCCUCUGCUGCCUCCUGAGCGGGCCAUGCCCCCGCGGGAUCUGAGCGAAGAGCCACCGCCCCUCCGGGCUCCAACCCCUCCCCCGCGGCGGAGCAGCGCGCCCCCGGAGCUGGGCAUCAAGUGCGUGCUGGUGGGCGACGGCGCAGUGGGCAAAAGCAGCCUCAUUGUCAGCUACACCUGCAAUGGGUACCCAGCGCGCUACCGGCCCACGGCGCUGGACACCUUCUCUGUGCAAGUUCUGGUGGAUGGAGCCCCCGUGCGCAUUGAGCUCUGGGACACAGCGGGACAGGAUGACUUUGACCGGCUUCGCUCCCUCUGCUACCCGGAUACGGAUGUCUUCCUGGCUUGCUUCAGCGUGGUGCAGCCCAGUUCCUUCCAAAACAUCACAGAGAAAUGGUUACCAGAGAUCCGCACUCACAACCCCCAGGCGCCUGUGCUGCUAGUGGGCACCCAGGCUGACCUGAGGGACGAUGUCAAUGUACUGAUUCAGCUGGACCAGGGGGGCCGGGAGGGCCCAGUGCCCCAACCCCAGGCCCAGGGUCUGGCGGAAAAGAUCCGGGCCUGCUGCUACCUCGAGUGUUCCGCCUUGACACAGAAGAACUUGAAGGAGGUGUUUGACUCCGCCAUUCUCAGUGCCAUUGAGCACAAGGCCCGGCUGGAAAAGAAGCUGAAUGCUAAGGGUGUUCGCACCCUCUCCCGCUGCCGCUGGAAGAAGUUCUUCUGCUUUGUUUGAGCAACCACGGCAGGGUAGCGAGCAGUGGAUGGGUGGCCAGAGACUUCUGGAACCUGUGGCACGGGGCCUUGGAGGAGGGCUACUGACAGGGCCAGGCCACCUAAUGGGACUCAGUUCCCUUCUGAACGCUGUGGGGAUGUGGGGCAUCUCAUUGUCCACUCUGAUAUGACAGGAUGAGCCUGGAAGG